CCUGUCGUUCAUUCAUUGACAGAUGUAAACAGUAAAAUAAUGUAAAUAUUAUGAACUUUAAAUGAAGACAGGAAGAUAAAGUAAUAAAUUAUUAUCUAGAUUUCUGUAUAUUGGCAGUUUAUUAUAGUUUCUAUUAUCAUUAACAAACACUUGAAGAAAUUAUUUGGUUAUCAAGCUUAAAGUUUUAAUUUAUUUCUGCAAGCGGUAGAAUAAUUACAUCAAAAGUGUUUGUUUAUACUGUUCAAGUGCUUAUUUAUUUUGAACAUUAUGCCGCUCAGUGCUAUAGCAAUGGAUAAAAAAGUAUCAUGUAAAAGGGUAAGGCCGAAUGCUCGUUUUGAAGACUGGUUAUUACGUUUGUGUGCUGAAGCGAAAGCAAAGAAAAGCCACCUCGAACCAAUGCUCAAAGAGGCAGCAGAGUCUCUGGGGAAAUAUCCGUUACCGCUGAAGACGGCAUCUGAGUGUAUAAUACUUAAAGGCUUUAACAAAAAACUGUGUUUAUAUCUUGAAAGAUGUUUAACUUCUUUUAAUGAGAAUAACUUCUCUGAUUAUUGUGAAAAUAGAAGUAGUGAAGAACCCAGCCACUCUGGCAGAUCUUCUAAAAGAUCUCCAAACCUGCCUAGUCAGCAUGGUACCAGAAGUAGCAGCAAUAGUCCUGUGUCAGAAAGUUUUCCAAUUGUUAGUUUUCCUGGACAGCCAGACACAAAUGUUUCAUCAAGAACAUCAAAUCCAGAUAGUGAAGUAUCAGAGAAUCUUCAAGAAAAUGUAUCAAGUGAUUCUGGUGCUUUGUCCAGUGGUAAUAAAAAGAAGAGAGGUAAAGCUGGUACAUAUAAACCUGCUCAUAGAUCAGGUAGUUAUGCUAUUUUAGUCACAUUACUGGAACACAGUAAACAAAACCCUCCAAAUUGUUCAAUGAUCAAGGAACAUUUAAUUGAGAAAGCUCAAAUUCACUGUGAGGAGUCAUUUGUGAGACCUAAAGCUGGGUCCAUGUAUACUGCUUGGUCUAACAUGAGCAGACUUUUGACUAAAGGUCUGGUUACUAAAACUAGGAAGAAGAAUGCUGAAUACUCAUUGACUUCAGAAGGUGAAAAGUUGGCUAUGGAGUUAUUAGAAGCUAGUAAAAGUAUUCCUACUGUAAAUGAUAUUAUUUUUAAUGAUAUACCUUCCACAAGUAGUGGUAUAAGUAACCAGGUCCCCAAUACUACUCCUAAACAAGGACCAUCUACAACACAACAACAAUGUUUAAUAGAAAUGCAACCUGGUGAUUUUGAUAUAAUAUUACUGAUUGAUAAAAAUGAAACUGGAGGGCUUAAAAAAAGAAAUGAUCCAACAAUAAUGGAAUUCAACAAAUAUCCAGACUUGAAACAUGAUUACAGAAGUUUGAAAGUCGGAGACUUUACUUGGAUAGCCAAACAUAAGAAUCACCCUGAUCAAGAACUGGUUUUACCCUAUGUAGUAGAGAGAAAGAGAAUGGAUGACCUUGCAGCAAGUAUUAAAGAUGGGAGAUUCCAUGAACAAAAAUUCAGACUCCGUAGAUGUGGACUGAAAAAUGUUAUUUACUUAGUAGAGAAGUAUGACAAAAAUAAAGGCUUGGGACUGCCUUUACCAAGUCUAUUGCAAGCCUUGACUAAUACAAGAGUCCAAGAUGGAUUUAAAGUUCGUUCUACUAAUUCUCUCAACCAAUCAGUGCGUUUUUUGGCUAUGAUGACCAAAAGGCUGACAAUACGAUAUGGGAAAAUGACACUACGAAAUGGCGGCGAAGAUUGCGAUGAUACUCAUGAUGAUAUGAGGUUUGGGGCACCUCAGAUUGUGAAACUGAUGACAUUUGAAUACUUUAACAAAUCAUCAGCUAAAACCAAACCACUAACAGUUAAGGAUACUUUUAUCAAAUUACUUCUGCAGUUAAAAGGAGUUUCUGUGGAGAAAGCUUUGGCAAUAACAAAUAGAUAUCCUACACCACAUUCGUUGAUUGUUGCUUACUAUAAAUGUGAUCAACAAGAAGGAGAACUACUUCUGGCAAGUUUAAAGUAUGGUGAUCAAACUCGCAAUAUCGGACCUGCUUUAAGUAAAUCUGUUUAUCAUUUAUUUUCUACUUUAAAUCCAAAAUAAUGAUUAUGUUCGUUAGAUGAAUUGAUGCGAAGUGAAGCCUGGGAUUUCUUAGUCAUUUUUAUUAUUUUUAAGUAAGUGCCUGUUAAAAUUAGAAUAGUAAUUCAUUGAAUGGAAAACGUGAAAAAAGUAAAUUGGAAAAGAUUUUGUAAGUUUGUAGUUUUGGUUUUACGCAAACAUUGGAUGUAUAGAAGAAUCAACAAUAAAUAAUGUCCUGUACAUUAAAUAUCCAAUAUGAUUACAUGUCCGGUAAAAUUUUGCUAUUAAAAUUCGUUCAGGAGAAUGUUUGACGUGGUAAAGACCUCUUUAAGAUAGUGGUAAUUUUUUAUUUUGAUAAUUUGUGAACUUUCUACACGAUAAUCAUAAAUGGACCGUAAAACACCAUUGUAUAAACCAUGUUAUAUUUAAGCAUCUUUUAUCAUUGCAAAAGUAUUAUUAAUGUUAAAGUCAAGUAUUGUUAAUUAAAUCAUGAUCUAAGAUCACAAAUAGGUAUGUUGAUUUACAUUGAUAUUCUUAUAAUAUUGGGAUAUGUAAAUAAUAAGGACUAUACUUGUAAAUUAUUGUGUAAGGAUCAUCAAUCAUGUGUUUUAUAGUCCUUAGUCUAAUCCUUAGCUAUUUACAAAACAAAACUGUGCCUUGAAUUGUGAUUUUUCCUUAUAAGUAUAUAUUAUGAUUGUUAUUUAUUAUUGGAAUUUGAAAAUAAAAACUAUUUUUAAUUGA